CUUCUCACACAGAUGUAACGUCAGUUCUAUCCGGUGUCUCGUGUGAAUCGGCUGUAUAACCGACGAUUUAGUUACCGACGAAUUUCCUUCAGCGAGGUUAUCAAGAACAAAGAAUGACGGAUGCAAGCAAGACCUCGUCAAACUCCGAGAGCGCUCCUCGCCUCGAGGUGAUCGAUCGGGUGAAGAAUAUCCCGGUGGUCCAUUCGGCCAUCGAGAAGACAGGCUCCACCUAUUCCUACGUUAAAGAUUCCCAUCAUUUGGUCAACUGGGCGCUGAGCUACGCCGAAGCGGGAUUACAUUAUGCGACCGCCACUGCGACACCACUCGCAGCUCCUCUGGCGAAGAAAUUCGAAGGACCGAUCAGUGCCGUUGAUCAGAAGCUGUGCCAAGGGCUGGACAUCGUCGAACAAAAGGUCCCGAUCGUGAAGCAACCGCCACAGCAGAUAUAUGACGCCGCUAAAGCGGUUAUGAGCAGCUCUUUGCAGCCAACCAUCGACAAACUCAACGCGAGGAGGCAGUCAGUCUCGCAACAGCUAGAUACCCUGAAGGAGGUCGCUGUAGUUAAGGCGAACGAGCUUCUGAACACACCAUGCGGUAACAAGGCUGUGGAAGGUGUUGACAACACUAGUGUGCUCGUCAAUCGUUUAUUGGACCGUUAUUUCCCACCAGUGGAGGGAGAGGAAAGUGAUGAGCCAAGUCCAGUCUCGGCGGAAGAAAACAAGGUCCUUCACGCGGUACAGACUAUUGGUCAUCUAUCGAAGAAAACUGCUAAUCGCGUAUAUCACUCAGUUGCUGCGCAACUGAAGACAGUAAAGAAAGAAGAUGUGCAAACGUACAUAUCUAGCGUUGUGUCUAUCCUCCAUCUCACGCACUUCUUGAAUAACGGACAGAAGCCGGAGGACGAGACGAAAGAGCAGCAGUCAGGCGGCCAAACGGAUAAUAAAGAGGGGAAGAAUAAAUGAGCCUAGUACUUCGUACGUUUCACGUGACGUGUGCUCGUACAAUUUAAUUAAUUCAUUCGUCUCUAAUUUUUAGGUGUUUCAAACGUUUGCAGAAACGUGAGAGAUAAAAUUCCAUAAUGUAUAUUUUAUUCGUGCAAUUUUUGAAUAUAUUAGUUACAUUUAUUGAGAAGAUUAUUAAUACUUGUUUUAAUAAGAGAAUGCUACUACAAAUAUAAAAUAUUCCAAUGCGAAAAUUUUCAUAGAACGCUAUUGAAACCUCAUAACAAAUACAUCGAUCUGUCGCUUUGUGAAUACUAACGUUUCUUCUGGAUUUACGUUUAAUCCGCAUUGUACCCACCACAUGUCAAUUUUUUAAAUCUAAUCUACAAUCGUGAAUUGUAAUAUGUACUAAAACAGGAUCACGUAUGUGCGUUUUCUCGAUAUUUUCUCACGGAUUAAAAAAUUUAUGUUGAUGUAAAUUGCGAGAUCUCGCAUUUCUCUGUGCCUACGAGAAACGAAUGAAAUUUCGUCUCAAUGAUAAAUGUUAGUUAUUAAUUGCACAAUGUACAAAUAUUUUUAAGCACCACGAAGAAUAUCAUUUCAAAGGACUGCUAUCAAAAUUUGAACGUAGAUAUAUAUAUAAAUAUUUUGUAAAGUAUUCUGAUGUAUAAUACGCACUCUCUAUAUAGAGUCUAUAUACACUUUAUAAAAUAUAAUAGUGUCGCAAACGUUA